GAAACACUUCACCUCAUCUGCAGCAAACCACAACAUGGCCGAGAUGAACGGAGUCCCACCGCUGCAGGCGGUCAUCGAUCAGAAUGCGCCCAGCGCUCCGUCGCCUCUCAAUCCUGCCACGCUUUCCCGCCAGGCAUCGCGAACGCCCGCACCACCGAUUCAGCGAGAGCAACGAGAAAAGAAGGAGUCGCUGAAGAAACGCGAAAGUAUGGGCACAUUUGACGACAAGAAACCGACAUCGAGCUCAAUGGGGAAACGAAAAGCCAGCGCGCAACACACGUAUCCCUCGCCAAUGCGCUUUAGCGUACCUCCGCCCAAAGCAGAGGCAUUCGAGGAGCCUAAGGAGGAUUCGAUGAUCUCACAUGAGCCAUUCCCUCUGACCAUGCCGGGAAGCGAGCGUCAGCUGUACAAGCCGAUCGAUUUGGCGGAGAACAAGAGAGGGUACCGAUACUCGCGCGCCAUUGCAGACCCACAGUUUCCACACAAACAGUACUAUCGUUCGACUUCUCCUCCACCACAUUACGCACGACUGAGCUUCGAAGAUGCUGACAAGUGGAUGCAUUUCACGACAAAUGCAUUGAUCACAACGAAUGAGAAGGGCUGGCGGAUGGUGAGGUCUAAUGUGUGUGCGAGAGAAGGCACGCUGUACUACGAGAUCAAGGUCCACCGAGGUGUGCCCAAAGAAGGACCAGAUCCAGAUGCAAAUGGACCAGAACCACACGUACGCUUUGGAUGGGCGAGACGGGAAGCUCCAUUGGAUGCGCCGGUGGGCUUUGACGGCUACAGCUACGGCAUCACAGACAUAAGAUUCGAGACCAUGCAUCGCAGCCGACCAGGAAAGUUCUACAAUGCUAAGAAGAUCAAGUCAAAGACAGCAAAGAAUGCCCCGACACCUGUUGUACUUGCACCGGAAGAUCAGCACGUCAAGGAGGGAGACGUGAUCGGCGUUGAGAUCCAGCUUCCUUCUCUUUCGCUGCAUCGCAAGGUGGUGGACGGUAUCUACAAUCAUGCCGUAGACUCGGGAGACGGGUUUGACCAGGGUUCGCAUCAGGACGCAGAUACGCAGCCAAUGGACAUCAUUCGAGAUCGGAUACCCGUUGCAUACAAAGGCAAUAGCUAUUUCGAAGUGCUCGACCAUGUCACCUCAAAACCGAUGGAGAUCUACGCCGAUAGAACGACGAACCUGAACCAUCUGCCCACCACAGGACCGAGCUCGAAUAAGGAGAGCAUCAAGACAGCGCCAAACCCACACAACGAAUAUCCUGCGCUGCGAACAUUACCGCACAGUGCCAUGAGAGUGUACAAGAACGGCAAGUUGAUCGGCACUGCAUUUGAAAAUCUCCUUGCGUUCCUCCCGCCAGCUAGUGCGCCUAGUAAGACGAUGGGUGCGCGAGAAGGAUUCGAUGACGGCCUGGUAGGAUAUUUCCCGGCCGUUUCCUGCUUCUUUGGCGGUAUUGUAGAAGUGAACUUUGGCGACGCACCUAAUGGGUUCUGGGCACCGCCUGCGCAUCUUCGAAACACGAAGGACGUGGGGCAGGGACCGGCACAGGGGCCCGAUCAUGCCAUGCCAGACGCGGGCGCGGACGGCAGUGGACACAAGAAUGGCUGGAAUCCUGGCAGGCAGCUGAGAGGGAUCGGUGAAAGAUACAAAGAGCAAGUUGCCGAGGACAUCCUGUGGGAUAUCAUCGACGAAGCAGACUUCUUUGUGCAGGAUGGUGGUUUCGAAGGUACCGUAGGGAGUGGAGCUACCGGCGAUGAGAGGGCGACCGUGAAAGGAAGUCGGCUGAAAGAGGAGGAUUGAAAGUAUACCCACCAUAGCUGGGGUACGAAGCUGUAGCAGUGAUCGAUUGCAUACCCUCGCCAUUUGUGCAAUUCCGCAAUGGAGACGUGCGAAUCUCGCGUAGGAUCGGAGGGGUU